UUUACAUAGGUUUUAUUUUACAUUGUAGCACCACCUAUUAAAAUGUUUAUUUAAAAUAUUGUUGAAAAGUAGUUACAUACCAUGAUUUAAAGAACGCUUAAAAAUAAAAAUGAACUUUAAAAAAAGGUUUAUUUUGUUACUUCUAUUUAUAGUCUUAAUUAUAUGCUUCAUUUUGUAUUCUUUUCUGGAGAAUCAAAACAUUUACUCAUUUGAAACAGUAAAUACACCUGUUUCUUAUGUAGAAAAAUUACAAUUGCAAUCAAAUAAAUUCAAUAGACAAAAUACAAAUAAUUUGGAAAACAUCGAUAAAAAUGAUGAGCCUGCAGAAACACCUAGUUUAGCCAUAUCAACAUUACAAAAUAACUUUGAAGACACAUAUUUAUCAAGUGGAGUAUGUGAUCCAAAUAUUAAUAUGUGGGAUUUGUAUGACAAACUACAAUUCGAUAAUAUAGAUGGUGGUGCAUGGAAACAAGGUUGGGAUGUCCAGAUAUCUGAAGGACGAUGGAAUGCAAAUAAUAAGUUAAGGGUAUUUGUUGUGCCUCAUUCGCAUAAUGAUCCUGGAUGGAAACGAACCUUUGAAGAGUACUAUCGUAUUGAUACAAAGAAUAUAUUAGACAAUAUGGUGACUAAAUUAUCAGAAGACCGUAGACGCAAGUUCAUAUGGGCAGAGAUGUCAUAUUUGUCAUUGUGGUGGAAUGAUAUUGAUGAAAGUACAAAAACUAAAGUGAAGAAAUUGAUUGAAAAUGGGCAAUUGGAAAUAGUCACUGGUGGUUGGGUAAUGACAGAUGAAGCAAACUCCCAUUAUUCAUCAAUGAUCACUCAACUUACAAAUGGACACCAGUGGUUAUUGAAAAAUUUAAAUAUUACUGCCAAUUAUAGCUGGUGUAUUGAUCCCUUUGGUGUUUCUCCGACUAUGCCUUAUAUUUUGAAUAGAAUGAAAUUUUCAAGUUUGGUCAUUCAGCGAACUCAUUAUUCUAUUAAAAAAUAUUUAGCUAAACAAAAACAAUUGGAAUUUCGAUGGAGACAACAUUGGGACACAGAAUGUAAUAGUGACAAAAAUGAGCUGUUUACCCACAUGAUGCCAUUUUACAAUUAUGACAUUCCUCAUACCUGUGGUCCAGAUCCAAGUGUUUGUUGUCAAUUUGAUUUUAAAAGAUUUUCAAUUUUUGGAUUAACGUGUCCUUGGAAAGUAUUUCCAGUGCCAAUUACUUCAUCAAAUGUCAACAAAAGAGCGUUAAUGUUAUUGGACCAAUAUAAAAAAAAAGCAGAGUUGUAUAAAACAAAUGUAUUACUUGUUCCUUUGGGGGAUGACUUUAGAUAUACAUCAGCCAGAGAAUGGGAUUUUCAAAUGAACAAUUAUCAAAAACUAUUUGAUUAUAUCAAUAGCAAUAGUGACUCAUUAUAUGCAGAGGCAUCAUUUGGUACAUUAAGCGAUUAUUUCAAAGCUGUACAAGAUUCAUCUAAUUAUAAGAAUUUUCCAACAUUGACUGGUGAUUUUUUUACUUAUGCGGAUAAAGAUAAAGAUUACUGGAGUGGGUAUUUCACUUCCAGACCUUUUUACAAAUGUAUGGAUCGAGAACUUGUUGCUAGAUUAAGAGCAACGGAAAUUCUAUAUUCUUUAGUAUGGCUUAGUGCACCUUCAAAUUUGACUUCCUGGUUAUGGAAACCAGAUUCUGAGUUGUAUAAUUAUUUACAAGCUGCCAGAAACGCUCAUAGUUUGUUUCAGCAUCACGAUGGAAUCACGGGAACAGCAAAAGAUGCUGUAGUAAAUGACUAUGCACGAAAGAUGUUGGAUUCAUUAACUAAUCUAAAUCAUAUCAUUCAACACUGUAUAUAUUUUCUGUUAAAUCAAGAAAAGGAACAAUAUGUAUUUGAUACAAAUAUUAAAUACUUUGAUAUAGAUCGUUCAAGAGUCUAUACAAACAGUAUUGCACAAUAUCGUGUUGUACAGUUUGCUAAUAAUCAAGAUUCACAGAGUGUUAUUGUGUUCAACCCUUUGACAUCAGUCAUCAGAAAUGAAAUUAUCACUUUAGUUGUGGCAAGUGAAAAUUUAAAGGUAGUUAAUUCAGAAGGUGUGGAUAUUCCAUUUCAAGUUGAUUCUACCUGUAAUCUUCUAGAUACACAGUUAAUGACACCAUGUUUUCAAUUACAUUUUAUUGCUGAAUUUGGUCCUUUGGAAAUCAAAAAAUAUACUAUCAUCAACCUGCCCACAGACAUUAGUACCAAAAAGUAUAUGUCACUGAUCAGUGUUUACAACCCAAAAAUCAAUGACGUUUUGGAUCCUAGGAUAUAUAUUAAAACUAGUAAUAUUGAAGAAUUUUCAAUUGAAAAUCAAAAUAUUGUUGCAUCAUUUGGUCAAAAUGGUAUGUUACAAAAUAUUACCCUUAAGUCUUCUGGAAAACAAUAUCCAGUUUCAUUAAAAUUUGUGCAAUACAAUGCAGCUUAUGGUCAAGACAUGAGUGGUGCUUAUUUAUUCAUGCCAUCAGGGGAUGCUGUUGAUGCCCAUGUCACAGAGAAUGAACCUACAAUUUAUGUGAUUAAAGGACAUAUUUUGUCACAAGUGGUAAUUCAGUUUAGUAAUGUAAAACACUCGAUAAUUCUUCGUCAUACAAAAGAUGCUUAUGAUGUUGAAAUACGAAAUUUAGUUGAUAUUAGACAACAAAUGAAUUAUGAACUUUCAAUGAGAGUUACCACAGGGGUAAAUAAUGAUAAUGUAUUUUACACAGACUUAAACGGAUUCCAAAUGACCAGGAGAAAACAUUAUAGCAAACUACCAAUUCAAGGAAACUUUUAUCCAAUGUCUAGUGCAAUGUAUAUAGAAGAUGACACUACUAGAGUAUCAUUAUUAUCAGUCCAACCUUUGGGUGCAUCUUCAUUAUAUAAUGGUAUAAUGGAGGUCAUACAGGAUCGUAGAUUGCGACAAGACGACAAUCGUGGAUUGGGCCAAGGAGUUUUGGAUAAUGUGCCCACUUUGACAUUGUUCAGAUUAAUCGUUGAAGAAAACAUUGGCAACUGUCAAAUGGAUGUACCACAACUGACAGCACUCGGUAUGACAUCAAUGUCGACAAUGUUGUAUCCUCUCGUGCAGUUAAUUGAUACAUCGAGAUUUGAUCACCUCGAAGAUACAUAUGUUAAUAACAAGUUGACAUUAUUACCAAAAGACGUUCACUUAGUUACUGCUUCGAUGAUUAUUCAGCAUGCAGAACCGGCUGUUGGUUUGGUUUUUCAUAGAACCCAGACAACUCAAUGUUAUGGUUUUAAGGAAGCUAAUCCGAAUGGACGGUCCAAAUGCAAUCGACCUUAAAGCACUUGCAUCUUCGACGAUUGAAAACAUAACUAUUUAUGAAUCUUCACUCUCUUUUGUGCACAUUGGACCAAAAGUAAAUGUCCUAAAACCACAAUUAAUGGAACCAAUGGAACUAAAAGGAUAUGUGAUAAAGAAGUAAAAACCAUUUCAAGCAAUCUCAUACAAUUUUAUCUGAAGGCAAUGGUUCUCUACAGCUAUUAUAACUAGAAGGCUAUGUGAAAUUUAAUGCAUAAAUCUCUUAAGUUAAUAUUAUCCAAAUUAAUUAAUAAUAAUGUGAUAUUUAGUGUUUAUUGUUAUUUGUCAAAAUAUAUUUUGUGAAUAUUAUCAA